UCAGAGUUGCUCUGACCUAGGAGAGGGUAAGUUGUAGCGUCGAAUAGUGGACCUGCUCUUUUCAGCCGAAAGCCGGAAAUUCGAGGAAAACGGGCGAACAAGCAUUGGUCUCGAAUUCGAGCGGCUGUCAGCGAGUUUCGGAAGGAGGGAGGGAUUUUUGAGAGAGGCGCAAGCGCUACACGUUUCCCGGCGGCGCCAGCGACUUACGGGGGGUGCGGCUGUAACCAUGGAUCCCAGUGUACUAGCCAACAUGGACAAGGACGCACUGAGGAAGCAGAUCGAGAACAUGAAGUACCAAGCCAACAUGGACCGAUGGCCCCUGUCCAAGAGCAUCGCCGCGAUGCGAGAGUACGUCGAGGAGAACGAGAAGAACGACCCGCUGAUCCACGCGCCCGACAAGAAGAACAACCCCUGGGCCGAGAAGGGCAAGUGCAUAAUCAUGUAAUGCGCCCGCUCGCCGCCAGCAGCACCGAGACGAACGAGAUCGACAAAAGCAAAUAACUACAACAACAACAACAACUGCAACAUCAAGGAGACGACGAGACAUCGGAGCAGCGCAGCCCAAGUCCAGUUGCCGAGCAUGAGCGCAGCGAUCGACUGGCGCUGACGCUGCGGAGCCGAGCGUGCGCUUGAAGACGAAAAACGAUAACAAAAUACGAAGAACGCGACGAAUCUCUACGCGUCGGUCAGCGGGUCAGGCGCAUUGAUGCACACUCGCGCUCGCCCCCCCCCCCCACACACACACACACAGACACAGAGAGACACGAGCGCGCGCAGACAGAUCAGAGGUGGAGACAAGACGAGGACGGAUGAGGCGAGCGCGCCCCGCCAGCCCGCCCCCCUUUUUCACACGUUUUCACGCUCAUCGCAUUCGUAUACACAGGCGCGCGCGCGCGCUCGCCGAGGCGGGUCGAAAAAUUUCGAUAAAAGGCAACAGAAUUUCAUUCGGGGGCUCAUCGGGAAAUUCGUGGCGCGACUAUCUAUUACGGGAAAAUCCGUCGUUGUAUGAUGAUAAUUAUGAUGAUGGGUGGUUAGCAUACACCGAGCGGGGUUAUCGGGUUAAUUAAGGAGCGUUGACCGAGGAACCAAUUAAUCGACUAUCAAUUUUCAAUUUUUUCUACAAUUAUCUUGUUACGUGCGUAUAUAGUUUCCUUGAUUCGCGGUGUAACGUAUUUAUUAUAUGCACACACACACACACACACGCGCGCGCGUAUACGUAUAUGUACAUACGUAUACGGGAGAAAAGACGACUUACAAUAAUUCACUCACACAACUAUAACUAACUAGGGACAAACAGAAAGAAACCAAAAGACGAAUCGAAGAAAGGACCAAGCGAUGACGAAGUGCCAAAAGGAUGUGAACAUGUCGAACCGGGCCUUUCGUUUCUUCCUCGCCGCCGCCGACGAUGUAUCGAACAACCAUUCGAGUCUGUGCGAAGGUUGCAGCGAUGCGCCCAAGUUCUCUACCCCCGUAACACACACACACACACACACACACACACACACACACACAUACACACACACGGAGAGUUUGAAAAGGCAGCAUGCGCAAACGCAGGGAGCUGCCCACUUCCACUUUUUGUCAUCGUCAAUUUACCGCGCGUUAAAUCUCGUGUAAGCAGACAUUUUUGCGCUACUAUUGUAUCGAGCGAUUCAUUGAUUUUAUUUUUUGUUGAUUUUUUUCAUUUCAUAUUCUAUACGUCGUCGCUAUUAUAUUAUAAUUAUAGCGAUCCGCACGACGAGUGUGUAAUUUCAUUAGGGAAUUUCAUCCAGGCGAACGGACGACGGCGAUGAAAUGAAGAAGGCUUUUAUUAACCAACGCGCGAGACAUCGAUUUUUAGAAGCCUCUCACAAGCCUUUUUUCCUUUUCGAGCGCGAUGAAAUUCCCUAGGACGAGUUGUGAAUCUAUGCAUUAGCUCGGGCGAUCAGUCAGUUGAGGAGCCGCCCUUUCUUUUCUGUAUAAUUAUUAUUAUCAUCAUUAUUAUUAUUAUUAUUAUUAUUAUUAUUACUGUGAUCAUUGUUAUAAUCUGCAUUGCGUAGAAGUAAAAGUCGCCCCAGCGAGUCACAUUAUAUAUUAUACUUUCCCUAGUUUUUAACGAUUGGAAGAAAUCGUUGCUAUUACUUGUAUCCGACAUUAUUAUUAUCUAUGACUAAUGAUAUUAAAUUAUUUACAUCACGGUAUCGACAUAACGUUGCACUGUCAUUCAGUAAGAAAACACGAAAACAAACAGCCCUGGAGCUGAUAUAUUGUGUACCGAAAAAACGUAAAAAAUCAGAUAAAAGAAUAAGCAAAGCAAACGAAGAACAAGCGUCGUAUAUUAAGCGCUGAAAAAUGUACGACGAUUUUCUCACGAUUAUCCGGAUUUACACGUUGUAUCACGCUAUAAGUUGUUAAGUCGUACUUACUACACAUGUAUAAUGCGAGCGGUUUCUUACGAAAAUAUAAUGUCGUAUGUCGAAAGCUAUACAAAACGAGUGUGUCUGUAUACUUGAUUUCUCUCUCUCUCACUCACUUCUCUCUUUCUCUCUCGCUCUACAAGUAUGCUCUGCAUGUGCACGCGAGCCAACAUGCGCGAGUCGAGUGUAUAGGCGCAACUAUCGGCCAGCAGCAGCCCGACAAUGCUCCCACUCGUCGGAUGACCGAGCAAGUCUGACUAUAUAACUUGCCUACUGUUUCUACUACUAGCUGCUGCCGUGUAUAUUAUAAUAUAGGCGAGCGCGCGCGCGCGCGCGCGAAGGGCAUUGUUCGGCAUAGUGUACGUUUAUAGCACAAUGCGCGCAAUCCGGACCCUCGAUCGCUGUCGGCAUCUAAUGCCGGCGGGGCUGUUAUAAGAAUGCGCAGUUACACGCGCGCGCGCGCGUCGAGAGAGCAUUGGGAGGAGCCGUUCGACUGGCCGAUCACAAUUACGACUUUAUUAUACAUAUAUAUCGGGAGAGCAUAACGGCGCUUACGCAUACUUAUGCACACACCUUAUACUUUCUCGGACCUUGUUCGUUUGGCUGAUGUUAUCGAGCAUACACACGUACACACACCCACGCAUACACCAUGCCAUUAUUUGUGACGAGCGAUAUGAUGUUUUGAGUUUCGAGCUCGAGUCCUCUUCGCAAGGUAUGAACCGGUAUACCUGAUACCUAGCAUUUCGAAAACUUAAUAAAUACCAAAUAAAGAGCUUUCUUUUACACAAGCAA